GUUUUAGUGCACUGCCUUAUUUGUAUGUGUAAGUCACGCUGGAGAUCUCGGAACAAAUAAAUAUGAAAAUAUAUUUCUUGGUGUUCCUCUUCAGCCUGAUUGUUAUAAACCAAGUAAAUGCCAAACCAAAAGCACAAGGCAAUCAAAAUUAUGGAAAUAAUUAUCGAAACUAUUAUAAUAGACGCAGUGACUCAUUAGAUGACGAUCUUUCAUCACUUAAAACCCUACAAACUGAACAAAGAUUAGAUAUAAACAAAGAUCAUGCACAAACUGAAGUGAAAGCUUUGACUUCGGACAUCAGCGUAUUGGAUGAUGUUAACUCUGGAGCGAUUCUGCCACCGAAAAACAGACAUCCAAAUGAUUCAGUACUGUCAAGAGCAAAAUUAGAUAUCGAUGCCGCGGAUUUGGGAUUGACUACCAGAUUUGCAAACGAUGAAUCAGUACGUUCAGAAUUAUCAUCAAGUGUCGACCCUGCUGAUGUUGUGGAAUUAGCUGUGAAUAAUCAGGGAUCGACUAAUAGUCAUGCGAAUGCAAACUCUGAAGUGAAUGGUUGGGGGAAAGCUCACAGUGUUGCUAAUGCGGAAACUGGAGUUAAUGGUUGGGGACAGGCUAAUAGUCAUUCAAGUGCUGAUGCCUUAGUGAAUGGUUGGGGACAAGCUAAUAGUCAAUCAAGCGCUGAUGCCUCGGCGAAUGGUAGGGGGCACGCUAACAGUCAAUCAAUUGCUGAUUCCUCAUUGAAUGGUUGGGGACACGCUAACAGUCAAUCAAUUGCUGAUUCCUCAGCGAAUGGUUGGGGACAGGCUAAUAGUCAAUCAAGUGCUGACGCCUUAGUGAAUGGUUGGGAACAAGCUAAUAGUCAAUCAAUUGCUGAUUCUUCAGCGAAUGGUUGGGGACAGGCCAAUAGUCAAUCAACUGCUGACGCUUUAGUGAAUACUUGGGGACACACUAACAGUCAAUCUAUUGCUGAUUCUUCAGCGAAUGGUUGGGGACUGGCUAAUAGUCAAUCAAUUGCUGAUUCUUCAGCAAAUGGUUGGGGACACGCUUACAGUCAUUCUAAUGCUGAUGCUUCAGCGAAUGGUUGGGGACACGCUAACAGUCAAUCAAUUGCUGAUUCCUCAUUGAAUGGUUGGGGACAGGCUAACAGUCAAUCAAUUGCUGAUUCCUCAGCGAAUGGUUGGGGACAGGCUAAUAGUCAGUCAAGCGCUGAUUCCUCAGCGAAUGGUUGGGGACACGCUAACAGUCAAUCAAUUGCUGAUUCCUCAGCGAAUGGUUGGGGACAGGCUAAUAGUCAAUCAAGUGCUGACGCCUUAGUGAAUGGUUGGGAACAAGCUAAUAGUCAAUCAAUUGCUGAUUCUUCAGCGAAUGGUUGGGGACAGGCCAAUAGUCAAUCAACUGCUGACGCUUUAGUGAAUACUUGGGGACACACUAACAGUCAAUCUAUUGCUGAUUCUUCAGCGAAUGGUUGGGGACUGGCUAAUAGUCAAUCAAUUGCUGAUUCUUCAGCAAAUGGUUGGGGACACGCUUACAGUCAUUCUAAUGCUGAUGCUUCAGCGAAUGGUUGGGGACACGCUAACAGUCAAUCAAUUGCUGAUUCCUUAGUGAAUAGUUGGGGACAGGCUAAUAGUCAAUCAAGCGCUGAUGCCUCAGCGAAUGGUUGGGGCAACGCUAACAGUAAAUCAAAUGCUGAUACCUCAGUGAAUGGUUGGGGACACGCAAACAGUCAAUCGAUAGCCGAUUCUUUAGUGAAUGGUUGGGCGAAUGGUUGGGGACAGGCUAACAUUCAGUCAAAAGUUGAUGCCCCAGUGAAUGGUCGGGGGCAAGCUAAAAGUCAUGCAAAUGCUAAUGCCUUAGCAAAUGGUUGGGGACACGCUAACAGUCAAUCAAUUGCUGAUUCUUCAGCGAAUGCGAAUGGUUGGGGACAGGCUAACAUUCAGUCAAAAGUUGAUGCCCCAGUGAAUGGUCGGGGGCAAGCUAAAAGUCAUGCAAAUGCUAAUGCCUUAGCAAAUGGUUGGGGACACGCUAACAGUCAAUCAAUUGCUGAUUCUUCAGCGAAUGCGAAUGGUUGGGGACAGGCUAACAUUCAGUCAAAAGUUGAUGCCCCAGUGAAUGGUCGGGGGCAAGCUAAAAGUCAUGCAAAUGCUAAUGCCUUAGCAAAUGGUUGGGGACACGCUAACAGUCAAUCAAUUGCUGAUUCUUCAGCGAAUGCGAAUGGUUGGGGACAGGCUAACAUUCAAUCAAAAGUUGAUGCCCCAGUGAAUGGUCGGGGGCAAGCUAAAAGUCAUGCAAAUGCUAAUGUCUUAGCAAAUGGUUGGGGACACGCUAAGAGUCAAUCAGUUGCUGAUUCGUCAUCGAAUGGUUGGGGACACACCAACACUCAAUCAAUUGCCGAUUCCUCAGCGAAUGGUUGGGGAUACGCUAAAGCGAAUGGUUGGGAACAGGCUAAUAGUCAAUCAACUGCUGAUGCUUCAGCGAAUGGUUGGGGGUAUGCUAACGGUCAAUCAAUUGCCGAUGCUUCAGCGAAUGGUUGGGGGUAUGCUAACGGUCAAUCAAUUGCUGAUGCUUCAGCGAAUGGUUGGGGACAGGCUAAUAGUCAAUCAAUUGCUGAUGCUUCAGCGAAUGGUUGGGGACAGGCUAAUAGUCAAUCAACUGCUGAUGCUUCAGCGAAUGCAAAUGGUUGGGGACUCGCUAACAGUCAAUCAAUUGCUGAUGCCUCAGCGAAUGGUUGGGGACAAAGUAAUAGUCACGCGUUAGCUGAACCUUCUACAAAUGGUUGGGGAGGAUACGACGGUAGCUAUGCAAAUGCCGAUUCUCAUACUAGUGGUUGGGGAGGACAUGGUGAUAGCCAUUCAAAUGCAGAUUCUUACAUAAAUGGCUGGGCUCCCCCAACUUACAGUUAUGGUGAUUGGGGAUCAGAUAUCAGUCACUCAAACGCUGAAUCAGCAGUAAAUGGUUGGGGACAUGCCAACAGUCUAGCAAAUGCCAAUUCCGUAGCGAAUAAUGGUUGGGGAUCAGCAAUCAGUCAGUCAAACGCUGACUCAGGAGUAAACGGUUGGGGUGGACAUGCCAACAGUCUAGCGAAUGCCAAUUCCAUAGCAAAUAAUGGCUGGGGAUCACCUAUCAGUCAGUCAAACGUUCAAUCAAAAGUAAAUGGAUGGGGACAUGCCAACAGUCUAGCAAAUGCCAAUUCCGUAGCGAAUAAUGGUUGGGGAUCAGCAAUCAGUCAGUCAAAUACUGACUCAGGAGUAAACGGUUGGGGACAUGCCAACAGUCUAGCAAAUGCCAAUUCCGUAGCGAAUAAUGGUUGGGGAUCAGCAAUCAGUCAGUCAAACACUGACUCAGGAGUAAACGGUUGGGGACAUGCCAACAGUCUAGCAAAUGCCAAUUCCGUAGCGAAUAAUGGUUGGGGAUCAGCAAUCAGUCAGUCAAAUACUGACUCAGGAGUAAACGGUUGGGGACAUGCCAACAGUCUAGCAAAUGCCAAUUCCGUAACAAAUAAUGGCUGGGGAUCAGCUAUCAGUCAGUCAAACGCUGAAUCAGGAGUAAACGGUUGGGGACAUGCCAACAGUCUAGCCAAUGCCAAUUCCGUAGCAAAUAAUGGUUGGGGACAUGCUAACAGUCUAGCGAAAGCAAAUUCAUACAAUUAUGUGUAAUCAUUUGUAUCCGAAAUACGAACGCGUUUGAGGACCUCUCAUAAAAGAAAAAAAUACACAGUUCACAAAAUACAUUAAUCCAGCACGAUCACAAAAAAAUCAAAUAAGAGUGCCACAGACAUUGUAUUUGUAAAAAAUAUAAAUGUUGCAGUUUCUGAUCAGGGCUGCCCCUUCUAGGUUAAAAUAACGUAUUUAUGUAACAUUUUUUGAUAAAAAAAUAACUGUUUUAUGACAUGCGUCAAUAAUUGUGAGGAACUUAUAUUUGUAUAGUAAAUAAUAGUUAAUAAUGUGUUAUCAUUUUUAUAAUAACUAUCGUGAGACAUAUGGAAGUAACUAAAAAGAACGGACUUGAUCCUAGUAGACCUUUUCGCAGUAUAUUUACUUGAGUUAAUUAAAAUUGUUCAUAUAGAAUAAAUCUCGGCAUGUUAUUUAUAUUGUAAUGUAAUUAUGCGGUCU